AUGCCACGUAAGCUACGUAAGAAUAUACGUAAGAGGAAGGGAGCAUUGAAACAUCCAAUAGUAAAACUGACACCACAACAACAGUUGCAACAACAAAUGAUGAAUGACCCCACUAUGUUGCAACAAAUGUCAAGCAACCCUAUGCUUUUAAACCGAGUUAUUGGUGCACAGAGUGGAGGUUUAAGAGCGGCACUUUUAGCGAAAAUGGCAGGCUAUGGUGGAGCUGCAGACGGAACAGCUUAUAACCCUCAAAGUCAAAUGAAUUUGAGUUCACUCAAAAAUCAAAUAACAGAUGUCAAAAAGUCAAACAUAGACAUACAGAAACAAAUAAGUGAAAACGAAAAGAAACUAGAAUAUGACAGACACACAAAGAAACUCAAUGAGUUAAAC